ACCGGGGGCGGGGGAGUGUGUGUUGUGUCACCUUACCAGUAUAAUCCUAUACAUGUCUACUCUGAAGUAAGUUCCACUGAGUUCAGUGGGUCUUACCCCAGGUGAGUAUAGGAUUGUAGCCUUGGUUACUGUUCUCCCUCUCUAUAAAUGCAGCCUAAAAGAUCUGUUGUGGCAUAAAGUAAAUCCGGUUGUCGCUACGGUGCCAUAACACUCCUUUCUAAAGCAUUUCAUUGCAAACAAACGAAUAUGGCUCUGCUUUCCCUUCGGAAUUUGGAACUUGAUCUUCCCUACGCAUGCGCCUAGAGCGACGAGAAGCUUUGACAAGGCACUUCUAGCCGCCCAUUGGGAGAAACGGGUGUGCCUCGGUUCUGUUGACUGAUUCCCGCUAUCUCUGAGCACACCAAGUGGGCGGCUUGGGUGGGGGUUCCUCCAUGCUUUCUUUUCUCUAACGUCUGGGGCCUGAGAAAUGCAGUGUUAUUGCGGGCCACUCUUAUGGUCCAAUUGCCUGACCUGCUGGAGGCAGAGUUUAAAUCCUGUUUCAAACCUUGGUGGCUUUGGACCGCUAAGGUUCAGUAUCUCUUCUAACCCACGCACCCACCCACAUAAAUGGUGCUCUGUCUCGCAUGAUUGCACUGACAAGCAAUAAUAGAGGCAAACUGAUAACGUUUCCAUGUGCAUCAUGUCCAAAAUAGGGGUCUUCCGUGUGGGACUUGGUGUGGUCUUGGGAGCAGCUGCGGGAAUAGGUCUCUUCUUCUACUUCUACAAACAAAAGAGAAAAAAACCCUGGCCAAGAGGGAGCACCAGACCACCAAAUUUACAGAGUCAACAUACUGCUCUGGACUGUCAGGAACACACAGAAAUUCUACAGCCUUAUAAUCAGGUUCUGUGGACGAGACCAGGACCAGUGGAGGGUGGUGACAGCAUCCCAUACACAUCUCUUCUAACACGUGAAGAACAGGCUGAAGUAUUGAACCGUUUGGACUUUGUGCUUAAAAGCCUUAUAGAGCUGCGACAUGAAGUUGAAGAGUUGCGGAAUAGCCUGCAGGGUUUAGCAGGAGAGAUUAUUGGAGAAGUCAGAACCCAUGUAGAAGAAAGCCAGAAAGUUAUUCGUCGGAGGCGUUUUGUAUAUCCCAGAGAAAGGAGCGAUUCCACAGGAUCCAGCUCCAUAUAUUUCACAGCCAGCUCAAGGACAGCCAACACUACUGAUGGUGAAAGUGAGGGGGGUUAUACUACAGCCAAUGCAGAGUCCGAUUAUGAUCGGGAGUCUGAUAAAGAGAGUGAGGAAGGAGAAGAUGAAAUCAGUUGUGAAACCGUGAGAACUGCAAGAAGAGAUUCACUGGACCUUGUCAAUGAGGAGGAAACAACACUGACUUUAGACUCUGCUAUUGAUGAAGAACUUGGUCAGUUGCUGCAGCAGGCAGAUCGCUUACACAGUGGAAGUGACCAGGAGAAGAGAGACGGAUUCCAAUUGCUGCUUAACAAUAAACUAGUGUAUAGUGACAAGCAGGAUUUCCUUUGGCGUUUGGCCCGAGCUUAUAGUGAUAUGUAUGAAAUCGCGGAGGAUGCAGAUGAGAAGAAGUCUUAUGCAGCUGAUGGAAAAGAAGAGGCAGAAACUGCUUUGCAGAUGGGAGAUCAAAGUGCCGAGUGUCACCAGUGGUAUGCUGUUAUAUGCGGUCAGGUUUCAGAACAUGACAGUAUACAAAAACGCAUACAAGCAGGAAACAUUUUUAAGAAACAUGUAGACACAGCAAUUGCUCUGAAGCCAGAUGACCCCAAGUCUUACUAUCUUCUGGGCCGGUGGUGUUACCAGGUCUCUCACCUGGGAUGGUUGGAAAGGAAAACUGCUUCUGCUUUGUAUGAAGAACCCCCCAAAGCUACUGUCCAGGAUGCACUGCAGAAUUUCUUAAAGGCUGAAGACCUAAGUGCUGGUUUUUCAAAAGCAGGAAGAAUAUACAUUGCCAAGUGCUACAGGGAACUGGGGGAUAAUUCUACAGCUGCUCAUUGGCUAAAUUUGGCUUCAGAGCUGCCAGUUACCACAAAAGAGGAUGCUGAAAGCAGUAGUGAGAUGGAAGAGAUGCAAGCAAGUUUAAAGUUCCUAUCCACAUAAUAGUUGUGCAUGUACAGUGAAAGUUCCAGUGUAAAAGGUUUCAUAAUCAUGAUUACCCUCACUGGGCUUCAUGAACAAACCACAGAAUGCAAAAGAAAAAUCAUACUGCAGUUUCAGCAGUCCUUUUUCAAAUAUCGAGACUGUCAGUACUGUGAGGGUUAAAAAAAAGUGAUUCAGUUCAUAUCCCUUGCCUACUAAAUCAGACGGUCUGCUUAACUGUUCUCAGGGCAAAAGGUACCAAUUUGAUUGUUUUUUCAUGCUUGUGUUUUGAGUUCUACAUAUUUACCAGCCAGACAUUUCCAAAUACAUUCAUUACAUGCUUCAUAUAAUGAGAUGUGACAUUAUGUGUGUUAAUCCUGUUUUCAUAAAAUGUUAUAAACUAUUCAAUGAAAAGAAGGGUCGUACUACUUGUGAUGUGGCAGAAUUAUGCACAGGAUCUCUCAUGGUUUUUGUUUUUAGAUCAAAACAGACCUGGGGAGGAUUUUCAAAAGGUCCUUCCACAUGUAGUUUUCCAUUUAGGAUCCCCCAACUAUUUUAGGUAUAUACAAUAUCUGUGUGUUUUUCUCCAGUUUAUUUACCGUUAGACAAAUAGCAGAUUUGGGGGAUUAAUUUUGAGGGGAUGGUACAUGGGAAAGCCUUAAUCUUCCCCUGUUCUAUUGCCCCCAGCAGUAGUAGCCUUUGGGGCAGAGCAGGGUGGUGUUGCUUACCUGGCUUCCUAAUGCAGAGGUUGUUGCUGGUAACUGAGAGGGGGAAGGGGGAGGCGAUGGAGCGAUUGGCGCAGUGCAGACACAGUGGCAGAGCCAGCCUGACAUUCCCGAUGCUGUGCCCUCUCCAUGCCAGCCUCCCUGCCACCUUGUCCUUUUCCCUCUUGGUUACCAGCAGUGACUUCCAUGUUGGAAAGUCAGAUAAGCUACACCACCCAGUUCCUCCUGACUGGCUGAUCCUGGUCCACAGCCUGAGUCUAAACCCAGUUACUACUUUGUUCUAAAUGGAGAAAACAUCUGAGAUCUUGUUUUUUAAAUUCCCCUGUCUUGCAUCUAGUUUGAGCUGAAUGUAUCAGAUAAAAUUAUAGAUCAUGGCUUCUUUGGGCAAAUUGAUUGCUGCUUAAUCAGUGGACACGCGGCACUCUGUUAACUGUGCAUGAUAAAUAUUGUUGACUGUCUGUUUUUAUUUAAGACAGUGGGAUACUGACACUUUCCAUUGUACCUAUGAUUAAUAUCCAGGUGGGGAUUUAUAGCAACAGCACUGAGUACAAAUGCAAACAGGUCAAUAUUCCAGAAACUAGAUUUCUACUACACGUCUUACAAAUAGCUCUGAAAAUAUUGAUUGUGUCCAAAGUAUGCACCUAGUAAUAUUUUUGCAUGUUAACCUGGCUGCUUGUAGAUUUUGUGUUUCUCCUUGGACUACUCCACUUUUUGAGCAUAGUAUGCUAUCAGGGUGUUGACAUGGGCAGAGCACUCUUUCCUAUUGCACUGCCCCUCAUUAAAGCAGCAACAGCAAAACUUAGAAAAACCUUAAUGUUGGGGGACCAAAUAACCUGCCCUCAGUUUCCAAAGGUCUUUUGAAAGAAAUACCACUCCCACAAAGGGCAACUAAAAUCUAUUAAAGUUUAAGGAACAAAAUGAAGUAUUUUCUUCAUCUGCUGAAUUAUGACAGCAUAUACCAAGAUAACUUUUUAAUUAUCUUUCAUUCCUUCUCUGUAAUCAUGAGUGUUACUUAGCUACUCUGAAGUACAAUGCAGGGAAGAAUAUUUGCUACAGAAAGAGAAGAACCCCAUGUGUUUUCCAGAAUCCAUUGCUUCAUAAAUUGAGUUGUACAUGAUAUGUCACACAUAUAACAUCAGUGAAUUAGAGGUGGAAUUAAAUUAACAUUCAGUUGCAGCCUGUUGUAAACCCAACAAUCUUACUACUUCCAGAAUGCAGAAUGUUUCCAUUUUCUGUGUGUGCUAUGAUUUUUGCCAAGAACUCAAGUGGAGUUUCUCAGUAUUUUUGAAACCUAUUUUACAAUUCACUAUAUUUAGAUAAUUAUAUUGAGCUUUAUUUAAUAUAUACUGCUACAUUUGACAUUUCUAGAAAAUGAUAUUAGAGAGCAAUUUUUAUAUAAAGAGUCUGAUUUAGUCACCUAAAUAUGUAUUUAACAUUGACUAGCAUUGCUUUUUAACAUUACAGAAAUCAAGUUGGAAGAGGGGAAAAUAUUUUUGUCCUGUUUCUUGAUUCACAUUUCUAUCCAAAACAUUUAGACGGUCACCUUGGUCCUAAACAUACAAGCAAGCAAGUAGUGUUACAGUUUUACUUUCACUGAGGUCACAAGGAGUACAACUCUGUUAAGAUGGUAAAAUCAGAACUUUGGGGUGUAUUAUCUGAGUUAUACUUGGAGUAAACCCACUGAAAUCAACCGUGAUCAUGUUCAUUAGCUUCCCUGGAUCUACUCUGAGCAUUGGAUACAACCUUUUGAGUAGGCAGCAAUGUUAUCUUUUCUUAUGCCCGUGUAGUUUGGAUGAGAAUGUGCUGCCAUCUGCUUAAUGAAUGGGAGAGUUCCUUGUGUACCCAAAAUAAUUGGCCAUAAAAUGUUCAAUUGAGGUUCCCUCAAGUUAGCUCAACUUAAUGAACGUUUCCUAGUAUUUAAAGGUUUGUAUUAACUUAUAAAUUACUGAAACAAUUCUUGUUUUAAAUAAGUCUUUGAUUAAAUCUUUGCUGGCCUUGAUAAUUGACUGUAAUAACACAAGCUCACAGUCAGCUAGGUUCAUGGCCCAUGCAAGUUUUAGCCCAUGCCAUUUUACACAAUUUUAUUUGCUUCAGUGAUGUUGAUACAUUUCUGCUAGAUGAUCCCCUGCUGUAAUACUUAUAAUUUGUAUCCUGCUUUAACAAAGUUUGCAGUAUCUUUACGUUAGCUGGAUAGAAUACCGUGACUCUUAAGUCAUACUCAGGGUAAGCCCACUGAAUCAAUAAACAAGUUACUCAUGCUCAUUGAUUUCAGCAAGUCUACUCUGAGUAUUUAUUUGGAUGCAACCCACAGAAAACAAAUUGUUUGGCACGUUUCAAGGGCACGAACUUAAUGGAACCUCUUAUUCACUGUCUGCUGUUAACUAUAAUGCUAAUACUAAAUUAUUCUUUUAUAGAAUGUAUUUCAAUAUUACAUGUAUGAUUUGCAAGAAGAAACAGAUGGGAGUUUGGUGAGGCAGGGAAAAAUCUUAACAAAAUCUCUGCCAGCUUGCAGAGAAGCAGCCUGUUUAAAAAAAAUCAACUAGCUUUACCGGUAUUUUAUUUCAUGAUUCUAACUGCAAGUCUUCAACCAUUUUAAUUUUUUUUUAAAGAAAAAACACUUUAGAAUUCAGUUUUGGAACAUGAUCUUGCCAGUUUUCAUUUCUGGUUUUCUGUUGUGAUAUUACGGAUAUUUGUUAUAUGUAAAUUAAAAAUAGUAUAAUUUUGACUAUUUUUGGUUUAAAUUACAUCAGUUGUUCCCUUAAUUUUAAAGCCUCUAGUCAAAAUGUACAUAUAGAUACUAGACAUUGGGUUUGGGUGAGAAUUUGACUGAAUUUCAAGCAUGCGUGUGCAUGUACACAAAUGUAAGAAUCCUGCUAAUUUUAACAAAACCAUUCUUGAGGCUCUUACAUUGAUGCCUUGAAAAGAAUCAGUCUUUAUAUUGCCAUUCAGAAGUACUUGCAUAUCUGGUAAAGUUAAAAACUUGUUCAGCUGGUCUGUGGUACCUCGGCCAAAUUAUUAUUUAUUAUUGCAUGGGAAGAAUUAAAUGAAAUGCUUAGGAGAACUGUAUGAAUUAUUAGACCAUGACCAAAGCAUUUUCUGUCAGUGCUACUUUUAAAAAAAUAUGCCCUGAAAGCAUUUACAGAAGAUGGAGAACUGUGACUAAGGCUGUAAUUCUAUACUCAUUUACAUGUGAGUAAGCCCCGUUGAACACAAUGGGACUUAUUUCUGAGUAGAUAUGACAGGAUUGUAGUGUUAAAUACUUUGCUAUUUUUUACCACCUUUUCACAUUACAACUGAUCUUUAUUGAUGAGAGCUUGGAUGAUACAGUAUUUACCGUCAUUAUCCAUUUGUUAAUGUGUUUAAAAUUUUAAAUAUCCAUAUGUGAUAUUCUAAUACUACAGAUUAAUUUUUUCAUUGCAAACACAUUUCUUUUAAUGUGAGAUAGAUGUUGAAUAAAGUAAUUGAUCUGAUUAUGCUUCAGCAAUUAAACUUGACUAAAACGCUGCUAAUGAAAAUGAAGAAAGGAAUCUUUCAGUAACGUUGCCUAAUAUAAAUCCUCAAUUCAAAUGCAGACAUACUGUAGUGUCCUAUGUAAAAUCACACUGUGUGCUCAAUUUACAGAGCAAUGAGUAUAUGCUGUACCAAAGCAAGGUCUUUAGUAUGAUUCAAAUGCAGAAGUGGGCAGCUUAUGGUCCAUUGGCUGCAUUCCAUAUCCCAUUAAGACCUCUGGCAACAUUGUCCCCAUGCCCCCCAGAACAAACAUCCUAUGAGUGAAUUGCCACAUGGGAGCACCAUAGGACUUUGCAGGCUGAAAGGAAAAAGUUUUGUCAAGGCUGGAUAUGAUCCUCGGGCUAUCCAUUAUAUGUCCCUGAUUUAAGGAACUGGAGAGGAAACUUUGCCUUGAGUCCUUUCCUCCCUCCUUUUUGGAAUGGUUUUUAUUCAAGAGAUUACUGUUAUCACUAAUACCAUAGAAUCAUGUGCAGAAAACUCAAAAUAACAUUCUGAAAUUGAUGUAAGUAAUCAAAGCAAUUUCAUUUUGAGUGUGGUAGAUGGUAAACCUGAGAGCAUUAUUAUUUUUGGAAGAGUGUGGUUUGGGAAGAGUUCAUUUAGAAGGAGGUACACUUACGCAGCCGUAGGUGGAAAUAAGGUGUUUUUUUUUAGUUGUAUGUGUUUUGCUGACUAACUGAAUGUAAAGGCAAAUAUCCUUUACAAAUGCACUGCAACCUCCUAGAGGGCCUCAAUACUGAGAAGUCAGGUGGGCAAGAGGUAGUUCAAAAAGAAAAUUUGCGCUACUGACAAGACUUAUUUUCAAGAUCCGUUAAUGGAUAAAAGCAACUAUUUCCCUGCAACUGUAUAUUUGUUUUAAAAAAACAAACUAAUGCAAGAGUUAAUUGUGAAAUUAUGUGAUUUUAACUUCAACUUUAUUUAAAAUGAAAGUGAAAAUAGUAUCUACUGAUGUGUAUGUAACAGUUCUGAAAUAAA